AUGAGUUAUCGUGAAAGAUCACGUUCAAGAGAAAGAUACCAAUACGACGAUAGACGUAGAUCGAGAAGUAGAGAUCGUUAUGAUGACCGUUAUGACGACAGAUAUAAAGACGAUCACCGCUCCGAUAACAGAUACAACGAUCGUAGAGACACACGUUACGAUGAUAGAAGAGACGACAGAAGAGAUUACCGCCCACAAAAUAACGUCGUUAACAGGUACGAAAACAUUUCGCAGAAGAAGCUUGAGCCUAUCAACUUCGACUUGAAUGUGCUUCCACCAAUCAAAAAGGAUUUUUCCGAUACGUUUGUACAAAAUCCAAACACGAAUAUCGCUGAAUACCUUAAGAAUAAUUUGGUGACUGUAAAAGGAGACGAAACCCCAAAGGUUAUAUUUUCUUUUGACGAUGUUAAAUUCCCAGAUUUUGUUAAGAAUGUCUUUGCCGAACAGAAAUUCACUAACCCAACGCCAAUUCAGGCUGUGGGUUGGCCAAUUGUUUUAGGCGGGACGGACGUUGUUGGUGUUGCGGAGACUGGUUCGGGUAAAACCAUUUCUUAUCUUCUUCCAGGAAUUGUUCACUUGCUUAACAAACCACUUGCACAAUCAAGAGAGGGACCCACUGUUUUGAUUCUAGCACCCACAAGAGAGUUGGUGAGUCAAAUAGAAGACGAAGCGCGCAAAUUCACAAAGGGGUCGGGGAUUAAAAUCGCUUCUGUGUUUGGAGGAGCCCCAUCAAGAAUGCAAAUGGGAAAACCUGAGAAACGGAAUGCACCUUUUUGGGUUAUCGAUGAGCUGAUAGAAUGCUCGACAUGGGUUU